AUGGAAUCCGCCGCGGGAAGAGAGGUAUACCCAGUGAAAUGGUACCGAGGAACGACCCUCUCCGCCUUCCUCGUGGCCGCCACGGCGUUCACCUGCCCCGGCGUCUUCGGUGCCCUCAACGGCAUGGGGGCCGGGGGCGGAGCUAGCCCGGACAUUUCCAACGCCGCCAACGCCAUCGUGUUCGGUGUCAUCGCCGUCGGAUCGCUCUUUGCGGGUGUCAUCUGCAACAGGAUAUCGCCCAGGUGGACUCUUGUCAUUGGAACUCUGGGAUACGCGCCCUACGCAGCAGGCUUCUACGUAGUCGACAGCUACGGGCAGGAUUGGCUCCUCCUCUUCGGCGCCGUGACGUGCGGCCUGGCAGCGUGUUUCCUGUGGGUCGCCAGCGGCGCGAUAUUCAUGGGCUAUUCGGAGGAGAACCGCAAGGGUUUCGCCACUGCCCUGAAAUUCAUGUUCCAGAACCUCGGCGCCUCGAUAGGCGGCAUCGUCAGCCUCGCCCUGAAUGCGGACAAGAACUACCGCGGCUCCAUCACGAAGGCAACCUACGUUGUCCUCAUCGCCAUCAUGAGCGCCGGCCUCCCCUUUGCCCUUUCCGUCCCGCCCGCCGACAAGGUGCAGCGCAGGGACGGGAGAUCCGUCGACCUUCGGAGCGACCAGACCAUCGCGGGGGAGGUCAGGAUCCUGUGGCGCCUGGCCAAGAACCCCACCGUCGUGGCCCUCGUGCCCCUUAUGCUGUACUCGCAGUGGUUCCUGAGCUACCAGUGGCAGUUCAACUAUGCGUACUUCACCGUGCGCAGCAGGGCGCUCAACUCUAUGCUCUUCUACCUGUCGGGCUUCUUCGCGUCGUGGCUCCUGGGGCAGUACCUCGAUUACCGGGACUGGCAGCGCAGGACCAGGGCUCGCGGCGGGUUCAUCAUCAUGUUCGUGUCUGUCGGCGUGUCGUGGAUCAUCGGCCAGGCCGUCCAGGUGAAGUAUGCCAGAGAGCCGCCUGCCUUGGACUGGGCGGAUGAUGGUUUUGGUCUGGGCUGUUUCGUCUUUGUUCUGUGGGGUGCUUCAGAUCCGAUUGUCACCACAUACAAGUACUGGCUAGUCGGCAGUCUGACAAACAACGUCAACGAAGCGGCAUACCUAGCCGCCCUCAUAAAUGCGGUCGGUUCUAUCGGUUCCACCUUCGGCUUCGUCGUCGGUCUCAAGAAUGUGCCCCUAGUUGGCGCCUGUGCCAUCAACUUUGCUCUGUUCUUCCUUUCCGUCCCCGGCGUCGCGUGGGUGGCUUACACAAAGGUCGCCAACACGUCUCACGGGACGAGUCUGACCGGUCUCGUCGUCCAAAGCGGAGAGUACCAAGGAAGUUCUGGUAACGAUACAACAAUGGAGACGGAACAGGUUGUCGUUGCGGACACUAAAUUGUAG